GAUAAACGGUUCCAAACGCUCUGAUUCCUCUGGUAUUCUGCUAACAAGUCCGAAAACGUUAUCACGGCCACGUCUGUUUGUACGUCUCGAUUGACGACCCCAACCGCCGCCAACAUGUCGUGGGCAUCAGUACCGCCUCCGCCGGGCAUCCAACGGGCAUCAUAUGGCUAUACCCAGACAACAACUGCAUACACGCCUGUUCAAGUCCGCCAGGGCUUCAGUCAGCCCUACUCAAUCCAACCCCAGUAUCAGCCGUACGCCGCUCCUGCUAAUUUCCCCCAACUUCAACCCGACCCGUCGGCCUAUCCGCAACAGCAACAGCCCGUCGGUUCACAACAACAACAAAAGAUCGACUGGCCCGAAUCAGUUCGUCUCUAUGUGCAGCGGUCGUUUGAAACGAAGAACCUGCUUCCCGACGUCACCCGAGCAGAAAUGGAGACGAAGUUGAAAGAGACGAUCACGUACGCCAAGGAUGCUGGCAUUAUGUAUACCACGGAUUGGGAUCAGAUGCCUCUACCACAGAGAUUAGUCCAAGCCGAACGCCAACAAGCCCUAAUGGGAGCCAUGGGUGCCUCCACAAUGACAAAUGCAGGCGCGGUCAUCCCGGCCACUGCCCCUGCCAACCCCAAGAAGAGAAAGUCCUCUGACCUUAGCGAGCCCGACCAAUCUGCCCCUAUGGCGGCCGCCAGUCCGUGGCGUAAUACCAAAGGCCUCAGCCUCCAGGAUCGGACCUCGAAGCCCUCGAAUGGCAAACCCGCGAAGAUGGACGAGCCCUUGCCCGCCAAAAGUAAGUCCCAAAAGCUAGCAGAGAAGCGCCAGCGUCGCUUCGAUGGCGGCUACCAGUCCUCUUACCGAUCUCCGAGUCCGCCGCCUUCCGACGGACCCAUCGCUGGUACCAGUACUGUCCUUGAGAAGAGAUACCUUCGCUUGACCUCUGCUCCCAAAGCUUCCAAUGUUCGGCCCGAGUAUAUUCUGCAUCAGACGCUGGAUCUCCUGAAGAAGAAGUGGAGAAAGGAAAGCAACUACGGCUAUAUCUGUGAUCAGUUUAAGUCUCUUCGUCAAGACCUGACCGUCCAACGGAUCCGAAAUGACUUUACUGUCUCCGUUUAUGAGAUCCACGCCCGUAUCGCCUUGGAAAAAGGCGAUCUUGGUGAGUAUAACCAGUGCCAGACUCAGCUACGUGCUUUGUAUGCAUCUGGUCUGAAGGGGAGCCCCAUCGAGUUCAAGGCCUACCGUAUCUUGUAUUUCAUUCACACCGCGAACCGCACAGCGUUGAACGACGCUAUUGCCGAUCUAACCACAGCAGAAAAGGAAGAGCGCGCUAUCAAGCAUGCGCUCAAUGUCCGAUCCGCGCUGGCCUUGGGGAAUUAUCACAAAUUUUUCCAGCUUUACCUUGACGUCCCCAAUAUGGGCGCAUAUCUAAUGGAUAUGUUUGUCAGACGUGAAAGGCUAGCUGCACUCUGUGCCAUGUGCAAGGCAUAUAUCAAAACACUGAAAUUACGUUACAUCACUGAAGAGCUAGCUUUCGAAUCGGAUGCCGAAGCUGCCCAGUUCAUCAUCGACCAUAAUGGCCAAGACGCUCUCGAAGAGCGAGAUGGUACCAUUGUGCUCACUGUUGGCAAAGCCAAGCAACACUUUGAGUUAGCGCGCAAGGAAGCCUUCCGGAGCGUCGAUCUCAAAGGCCAGAUAUGAAUAUUUCUCGAGUUUCUGUCGAAUCUCCUUCUUGCACAUCAUUUGAAUUUCUACUCCGGCACCCAUUCGGCACUAUAUUUUUGGUCUGUCACAUUAUGACCGCCUGAACUCAUCGAACCCCCCUCAUCGUAGUCUAUAUUCCCCCACUUCAUUGACGGCGACGACCAAACAAGUUCAUUAUACCAUGGGUACGAAUACUUGUUCUGCAGAGACGACUGGAUACCAGAUCUUGGAUUGGCCCAAGGUCUAAUCUAUGACGUGGGCGUGUUUUUUGCCUCAUUUUGAUCGGUCUCUAAUCGCAUACCGCAUACCACAUCUCUUCCGAAAAUGCGUACAUUGACUUCCCAGCCAGCAUGAUA